AUGGUGUUGCCCAUGUAAUUCCCCUUCCAGUAGGCGGAUCCCACUUUUGACUCCUUUAAUUCAAUCUCAUUCCAGUAGGCGGAUCCCACUUUUAGAUCUUAUGAUUACUGAAACGGAAAACACCACUUAGUGGAUUCAUCGCCUCGUUAGACGCUAAGACAGGGAAUUAGGAUUUACAUGUUAGACGUGAUUACAAAUCGGAACGACAUGUGAUUACAAAUCGGUCCGUAAGGUAAACUGAGAUACCCUACACCUGCAAACAAAACUCUACAUCGCCUCUGCUUCAUGUACAAUACUCGGCUGCUGGGUCCUCAGAAUGGUAUCACACACCUGGAUAUAUAUGCUGAUUUACACGUGUACAGGAAUUUUAUCUGUUCUGGGCUCUGUUCAUCGUUAUAAAAGAUCUACUAGUUGUGCUAGGAAGUUUCAGGUUAUUCCAAACCAUUCUGCAUGUUUACAAAAGUCCUCAGAGGCGAGAAACUCAGGUGUUUCAGAAGAGGACAAGAAAUCUAUUGUAGAUAAACAUAAUGAAUUCAGAUCGCUCGUGCAGCCAUCGGCGGUCAUCAUGGCGAGAAUGUCAUGGGAUGAUGAAAUAGCAUUGGUUGCUCAGAGCUACGCAGAUGCAUGUAAAGGUCUGGUACAUGACGGAGGACGACAGCGCAGUAUUCCUGGUCGUUUUUCUGUGGGUCAGAACUUGGCGAGCGCGUCAUACGACCUUGGGUGGGCAGGCGUAGUGACGCUAUGGCAUGAUGAAGUAAAGGACUUUACAUUGGGUGGAAAUAAUGAUUUGUUUAAAGUGGGUCACUAUACCCAGGUUGUCUGGAAAGAUUCCAUAAAAAUAGGAUGUGGGUUUGCCGUCUGCGGAUCAACGAGAAGCUAUGUUUGUAAUUAUGGACCAGGGGGUAACUCGGAUAUCAACAAUCCGUAUACAUCGGGGGCGUCGUGUAGCGGAUGUCCGGCGACCUGUAGAAAUAAUCUUUGUGACUGCCAGGGAAAGGCUUGCGAAAAUGGCGGGACGAUGGAUUUCAACACGUGCACGUGCUCUUGUAAAACCCCAUCUACUACAUACCUUGCCCCAUCCUGUCAGUUAAACUGCACAGGACAGAAGGAUCCAUUUUUCUGUGGGACUCAGUUUACCCCAGAAAUGUGUGACAGAUUCACCAAUGUACCACAAGACUGCCCCACGAUGUGUCAAGUCUGUCCCUAUGCAGGUGUUAACUUUCAGCCAGGAAGCGGACAGAUUCGACCGGAAGCUUAUACGAAGUUAUCGUUCCUGUCUACAGUUGUCCUUGUUGUUCUGCAGUUUUUUCUAUAAAAAACAAUGUUUCUUUUCUACUGAAGUGUACAAUGUAUUAUUAUUGCUCAAGUUUAUAAAA